ACGCGUGCGUUCGCCGACGAAGAUAUUACUCGCAACGUUAUACGAUUUACGAUUGUUCCUUCUCGUUUGUCGCGUGUGUUGAAAAAGUGUAUCCCAAGGAUCGUGUAAAUUGACGAUUUCAACCCAGACGACAGUUUCGUUGCCGCUCUUCGUCGAUUGCAAAUUGUCGUGAAACUUCAGCAACGUGGAGCGCGUGGUAGUAGAAUGCAUGACGGAUUCGCGAUAACGCGGACGCGAUCCGCGAUAAUCGGAUCGCUGCUGCUGUUGGUAACGGAAUAUUGCAAUGGGCUACAAUAUCAACCUUUUGACUCUUAUGCAAACGGAGAGGAGUGCGCCUUGAUCCUGGACGCUCGCGGUAGAACCAGCGUUUACGACUACACCUAUAAUUUACUUCGCGGGUCGUUCCCCACCACGGGAGGAGCUCAAACCUGUAUCACAUACGACGCCGUAAAUCAUGCUUACGUCGAGGCGAGGAAGCGCAUUAACGUCGCGAGACCGAAGUCAGAGAUAUGGCGACCGGAGGACCUGGCGACGGUCGGCGAGCUGCUUCUUGACAUUAGCACGAACCUCGCGCAAACAUAUGGACUGACCUACGAGGAGAUAGAAAAAAGUCUACCACUGAUCGACACCUCGAAGACUCUGAUCCGCGAGGUUUGUCCCGCCUUUCUCAGCAAUGUGGAAUGCAGGCCGGGCAAGUAUCGGCGAUACGAUGGUCUCUGCACGAAUUUACAGAAUCCCACAUGGGGGGCUACCUUGUCGCCUUUCGCGAGAUUGAUAAGUCCGCAAUUUGCGGACGGUUUAUCAGCGCCAAGGAUAUCCGUAACGGGUCAUAAUCUACCAUUGUCCCGAAUCGUGUCGCGCACCAUGCAUCCGGACGAGGGUUAUCACGAUCAUGCUGGUACUGUUAUGGUUAUCGCGUGGGGACAAUUCAUGGAUCACGAUUACACUUUAACCGGCACGCCUCUAGAUCCCAUGAACCGAAACGACCCGGAAGAAUGCUGCGGCCGGCCGCCACACCUGAAGAAUCCUUAUUGCAAUGAGAUUCUCAUACCGGAGGAUGACUAUUUCUACAGACUGUUCAACGUGCAUUGCAUGGACUUCGUUCGCGCUUUUCCUGCCGUUCGACCUGGUUGCCGUCUCGGUUCCCGAGUGCCUUUCAAUCUUCUUACAGGUGUGCUGGAUGGUAAUACCGUUUAUGGCAUCACGGAAGCUUUCGCUAGAAAACUCCGAAUGGGUUAUGGUGGAUUAUUGCGAAUGAAUCCAGUUUUUUCGGAGUAUGGUCUUAAGGAUCUAUUGCCGUUAAAGUUGGAUAUACCGGAUGAAGGUUGCACUCGGCCAAACAAAUCGAUGUACUGCUUCGAAGCUGGUGAGAUUCGUGUGAACGAGCAGUUGGUACUUACCUGUAUGCACACCUUAAUGGCACGGGAGCAUAACCGGCUCGCCAAAGCGUUAGCCGCCGUCAAUCCGCACUGGGACGAUGAAAUUCUCUUCCAGGAAGCCAGACGCAUCGUCAUCGCGGAAAUUCAACACGUCACUUAUAACGAGUUCCUCCCGAUAUUACUCGGCAAAGAUGUCAUGCAGAAAUUCGGACUUCUUCUCGAAAAGGAGAAUUACUGGGACGGAUAUGAUCCGAGUAUAAAUCCAGGUGUAAUAGACGCUUUCGCUGCUGCUGCUUUUAGAUUCGGCCACUCGCUAUUGCCCACGGCUGUAGAACGAUGGAGUAAAGCUCACAAAUUUAUUGCUUCGAAAAGAUUGUCAGACUUGAUAAGACGACCGUACGAUUUGUAUCGCGCCGGUGUGCUCGACGAAUAUUUCAUGGGUUUGAUGAAUCAAGUUGCUCAGGCUAUGGAUGAUUCCAUAACGCAAGAAGUGACAAAUCAUCUGUUCAAAAAAGCAGGGGCAAAAUUCGGAAUGGAUCUGGUGUCUUUUAAUAUGCAACGUGGUCGUGAGUUUGGUAUUCCAAGUUAUAUGGAGUUCAGAAAAUACUGCGGCCUUCCCGAAGCGAGCACCUUUGAGGAAUUAUUCGGUUCCAUGCCAAACGAAACUGUCAGACGAUAUAGCACUAUCUUCGAACAUCCUGCAGACGUCGAUUUAUGGUCGGGCGGCGUAUCCGAAAGACCACUUCCGGGUAGUAUGCUCGGGCCAACCUUCGCCUGCCUGAUCGCCACGCAGUUCAGUCAUUCGCGUAGCGGUGACAGAUUUUGGUACGAGCUGCCGAACCAGCCAUCGUCCUUCACUCUUGAGCAAUUGAACGAGAUUCGAAAGACAAAGCUCGCCAGAUUGAUCUGUGACAAUACCGAUCUUAUCGAUACGAUACAAAUCUAUCCGAUGGUCCUUCCCGAUCAUGAAAUAAAUCCUCGAGUCCCAUGUCGAAGCGGUAUUCUACCCAGCAUCGACUUAUCAAAAUGGGCCGAUUACCCGACGACGAGUCACGCCGCACAAUACCGAUUGGUGGAGGAGCAAUUGCUUGACGCAUCGGGAGAUCCGGUGAAACCGGCAAUGGUACGGGAGCACUACGACAGACAGCAAGCUUAUCGAAUCUUCUUUGAGAAUAUUAACGGCAUUGCUUCGUAUCUGGGCUUCAUGAGAAAGUAACCGCGGAGCACCGCAAGGAGACAAACGACUGAUCGUAAAAUAUUCACCGCCUUCAUACUUCAUUACGGCGCUCUAAGAUGCUAUCUAAAGUGCAUCACACAAACGGGGAAAUAUGGUUGAUCGACAUCUAUACACAUGUGUAUGUAUAGCAAAAUGUAUAUCGUGUAGCAGUACACACGUAUGUACUUACGAAAUAUUUUUCUUAAUGCACUAGGAGGACUCGAUAAUAAGAGUUUAGAUAUUUAUAAUAGAAAUCUUUUUUAUCCCCCAUCCCAUAAUAAAGUAUAAUAAAAUAUUUAUAUAUUCAUAAUGUUAACUAUAUAAUAAUUGAAAUGAAAUUUCGUGGAAUAUUUAUCGCGUUUUAAUAACAAUGACUGAGCUUGAGUUAAUUAUCAAACAAUAAAAAUUAUUAUUUUUCUAUAUUAUUGCUUUAUAAUUAUGUAGUAGUAAUUUAUAUUUACUAGUAAUAAUUUUAACACACAUAAUUUAUAUAUGUAUUGUAUAUAUGAAGAGCUUUUUUUAUCUGUCUUAAACGACAGCUUUUUUUCCACACGCGUUAACAUAAUGUUAUGAACUAUGACUGCAUACACAUAUAUAUUUGUUUCAUCAAUAUAUCAAAGUGACAUAAAAUCCAAUUUUUAUUUGUCAGUGAUAAGCUCGCAAACAAAUAAAAAUAUACAAUACUUUAUACGAUGUUUCAUUAUUGUUUCAAAUAUUAUUGUAAUGAGCAAGAUAUGUAAAUACACGCAGUGACUUGAAAAUUUGCACGAUGUUGAUAUUUCUGCUCCAUUUCUUGCUCCAUACGUUUAAAUGAAUUUAUGAUCAAAUCGUGUAUUUUCUGCGCCACUGUAAUGACGUUAUCAUUUUGUAUUUUAUAUUAGUUAUCAUUUGUGUAUUUUGUAUAUAAUUACAAUUAAGAAAUAAAGCCACUUUAAUAAGAGUGCCAUUUAUUAAAUUGUAUCUAUUUUCUUUUCUAUAUCACUUUCGACCUGCGAAGCAGAAAUUGCACGUAAGUUAGUAGAACUAGAGUUGGUAAAAAACUCAUUACACAUUAUAUAUAAAGCUUAACAAUCUGUUGAAAUCAAUAGCAUUGUAUAAUAAUGGCACAAUGGUCUUGUAAUGUAACUUUUAUCUUUAACAAAUUUACAUAAUAAAAUUGUAUGAAAUAAUUAAUAUUAUAAAGAUAUAUCGUUAUAAAAAACAAAUAACGAU